AUGGGGGAGGAGGAUGACGAGUACUGCGCGCUUUUACUGCAGGUGGCGGAGCUGAAGAGCGAGUUGAGUGGCAUGCUCACACACAAUCAUUUUGAGCGUCGCAUGGCGGAGAGGGAGACGGAAACGCUUGAGCGCUACCUGGAGGAAAAAUUGAGAUGUGUAGAAAAGUUUCAGGAUCUUCAACAAAGACAGCUGUCGCACACGGAGAGGGCAUUGACAUUGCCUAUGAUUAAUACUCUUUCUGAUGGUCUUGUUGGGUUUCACAAACCAUUCUGCCCUGUUUUCUGUGCGGCGGCUCAUGACGCUAGAGUAGUGGCUACUCUCCUAUCUCUGGUCAAUUUGACUGAAAAGUACAAGUUUCAGCAGGCUCAGGCGUUAAAGUGUCACCAUUUGCUUCAUGAUCUUGCGCUCUGUUCAUCAGAAAAUGGAACAGAUUCGCUGGUAAGGGUGAAAAAACUUUCGACAAGGCUCUUACAAUCUAUAAAAGGGUCUUACCAACCGGCGCAUAUUUCAGCUGAGCCACAACGCGGUCUGCGGACGCAAUCCGACAAUGAUACAAGAGCCGUUCUCGCAAAGGAUGAACAUUUUCAUGUUCUGAAAUCUUUUGUGUACGCCUUUCAGCAUUUGCAGUGCAGCUCACUCGAGCGUCAGGAGGCACUUCGUGGACUGUUAGAGGAGCUAUCAUGUCUUUCCACAUGCAGGAAUGAGCUUUAUGAGUUCUGUAGCCGUCAGGCCGUGAAGGAUGCCGCAAUUAAACAGGAACUAGAUGUUCUUUUUUUGCCCACUCAGGAGUGGGGUUUGAUGGCCUCACAGGCGAUGCUGUGGGAUGACCAAAAGUACUUAAGCAUCUCAGCAGCCUUAACAACCCGGCCGCCUAUUACGCGAAAUAAGCGGCUGAAAUGGUACCUGAAGGAACUGCAGACUGCGCUCACAACCUUGAUUGUCGCCCACGCGAUGGAGUUGGAAUGCAAGGAUCCCAAGUCAAUCAAUAUGUCGAACGCGGCGGCUGCCGCGGAUGAGGCUGAGAAAGAGGAAGCAAGGCUUGAAAAGCUUCAUGAGAAUCUUACGUUAGAAGUUAUGUUUCUUCGGAGAAAACUAAGGGAGAUGGGGGAUUUACGUUAUUGGCAGCAUGCACUAAAUGACUCAACAAGGUCUGAGUCUCAAGACAAUCAUGUACCGGUUAAUGAAACCUUAGGUAUUAUUGGAGGACUUCUUUUGUCCGAAUACCACAAGAAGUUGGAGGCGCUUUUUUUUUCCUCAUCGCCCGAGGGUAAUGGUGUGGCGAGUGGAUCCUUACCACCAGCUUUUAGUAACCCUGACGGAAGUAUCGUUUCAUCAGAAAGGGAUUCCAUGCCGUGCACCUGCGGAUCUCCUGAUCUGAAUCAAUCAAUGCAGCUCCUUCUGCUUCAUGAACAGGUGGAAUCCCAUCAGCAGUCCUUAUCAUCCCUGCUCGCUGCAAAUGUUAGACUCAUUCAAUCCAUAGGUAACGUGCGUAUGAUCUAUAGGUUCGCAACUGAUCCGGAAAAGGCGGAAUCUCUUGUGAACGCGCUGCUCACGCGAUGCGGCUAUGGCUUUUCUUCGCAAGACGACCCUAGCGGGGAUGAAGAAAACCUUAACUUUACCUCGUUUUCCUCCUCCUCCCUGACUGAUCUCCAAGAACGCGUUCUAGAAACGCAUCGUCAGCGGCUGGAAGCACUGCAGGCGGAAGCUAACGCUUGUCUGGAGCGGCUUCAGAACGAGGUUCACCAACCGCAUCUUUAUUGUCGUGUAAAUCUUUCCUUUAUUUUGCGUAUCCAGUAUUUAUCCGAUCUCCGUCGACUCACCACCGUCGCUGGUAUGCACUCCGCGGCGUUUUUAUCUUCUGGUGAGGGAAUACCCCAAUUAUUGGGCCGUCUAGAGUCGAAUGGAAUACAGCUUCCUUCCUGUCCACCGGUUGAAGGCGAAUAUAACGACGAGCUAAGUAUUCCAGCACUUCCUAUAGGCACAAGGUCGCUUCAAGAAGAAUUUAGAACUCUUUACAAUAGAAAAGUUGACUGCCAGAAGGAAUCUUGGACAACUAAUCUGCGAGAGUAUGCUUCUAGCCGUGAAGAGCUCGAGUGGUACGAGCAAUUCACAAUGGAAGAAAUCCCCGAUGCGCUUGAGGAGGCUAAGAAAGUUCAGAAUCAGCUAAAGCAUGAUAUUACAGCCGUACAGCAGAGUCGUAAGCAGCAGCUUCUUAAGAGAGAGAAAGCUUCUCAAUUGGACAAAGCAUUUGAGGAGAUUUUGGUGCACCAAAGAAAUCCAUUGCGAGCUCGCGUCGAUGAGCUGAGGGUGAAACUCCAGCGUUUGCAAGAGGAAAAGGAAGCCUCCAUGGCAAAAACGGACCUUCAAGCUACCCCUGACGUUUUCCCAGACAUGGGUGAUGCUGUGCAUUCUUGCCCAGAGGUAGAAUAG